GCACUUGCAUGAGAAGAUGCUUCAAGAUGGAGGUAAUAUGCCAGUCCAAUUUGGCACGUCUGCUGCAGUACCAGUACCAUUGAAAUCCUCAGAUGAGUCCAUUACAAGGAGGUCUCGAUAUAUAGCAGAUCUUUUGGCUGUUGGUUUGCUUGGCCAAAUCACGCUAAUCCCUUAUAAUACAUGCAAUCAUUGGGUGUUAGUAGCUAUUGAUAUUACGGCAUGGACAGUGUACUAUUUGGACUCAAUUGGAGAGAAGCCAUCAGAAGAUCUGUCACUAAUUGUGAACCAGGGAGUGAAAAUUCAUCAUGCCUCGGUUUCUAAGAAGAGGUUAUCUCUGAAUUGGGUAACAGUCAUGUGCCCUAAGCAAACUGGUUCUAUGGAAUGUGGAUACUUCUUGAUGAAGUACAUGAGUG